UGCAGGCCACACAGGACACCCUGCUCACUGUGAGCUGCUCAAUGUUUUAUUACUGACUCAGUAGCUGAGCUGUCGCUAUUUAAUUGGAAACUGUGUCGUUUUGUCAAAGCUUUUAUUGGGAUUACAUCUCAGAACCCAGGCUUUCAAACUGGAAGGUAAAUUCCUGGUUUUCUUUUACUUAACAAAAGCUACAGCAGACUGACAUAACUGGGUAAUUCAGUUUGGGAAGAAUGCAGGACAGGAGCUGUGAUCAGACUGUCCCUCUGUCUCAGAUGUUAAAGGAGGCCUACUCGGCAGAGAGAGGAGCACAGGAGGGGUACUGUGGCAUGCUGGUCCCUGAGGUCUCUGCACAGGACCUUUAUUAUGAUUCCUUAGCAGAAAUAUGCCCAGAUGAAACAGAUGAAGAUUUCUCUGAGCUAUCUGCCUUCCUCAGCCAGGAGGAGAUCAACAAAAGCCUUGAUCUUGCCCGAGAAGCUUUUGCUGAAGAAGAAAUCCCUGAAGGUUCAAAUGCAGAGCAGCAGUUCUCCUAUUUCUAUAACUCCCCUUUCCUCAACCUCACUGAAAAGCCUUCCCUCCCAGAGACCAAACCAGAUCCUCAAGUGGGUUCAAAGUCUUCUCAGUAUAACCGUCUCCAUUCACCACAGACCAAUGACAUCACCUCAGAUGAUCACGAUGCAACCAAAAACCCCAACACUCAGAACAAUCCUCAGACAAGCCCCCAGCAGUUGGUAGCUGCUGCAAGACAAAUUGAAGCCCAGUGUUUUCAAACUGAUACUUGCUGUAGAUCGACACUUCCUAAGAAUAAGGAAGACAAACCAAAACUAGUUAACCAAGAGGUGUUCCAGAGUGAGUCGGCAUCCAGGAAUGAAUUUUGCAACAGGGCUGCCUCGUUUAUUGAAGAGCUUUCAUCCAUUUUCAGGACUGCUUCGAAACAAGAUAGAAAUCUCAACAAUAAUUCCUCAUCACCAGAUAGUGGGUAUCUGUCUCCCAAGAACCAAGUGUUACAAGCAAGUACCUCAGCAGAACAGAUUAACAAGCAAACUCCUGUGGAUGAAGGCUUGUCAUCCUCUGGGUCAGAGGCCAAAGCGGAGCACUCUUGGCCUAGCUGUGCCCCCCCAAGCAGCGACAAGAUUAUGGGUUCUUUUGCUCCUCCAAGAUUUACUCAGAAGCUGAAAAGCCAGGAAGUGGCAGAAGGAAGACGGGUUCAACUGAUGUGCAGGGCCAGUGGAAAUCCAGAGCCUGUAGUCAGUUGGUUCUGUGAGGGGAAGGAGCUAAAGAAUUCUCCCGACAUACAGAUCUGUCAGGAUUAUGAUCUCCACACGUUAGUCAUCGUUGAAGCCUUUGAAGACGACACAGGACGCUACACUUGUGUGGCUGCAAACUCUUUCGGGUCAGACAAUACAUCAGCAGAAGUUUACAUUGAAGGGGCAUCUUCUUCAGAUUCGGAAGGAGAAGGAUCCAUGCUGAAAACGAAGCUAGGAGCCAUGCCACAAGUGCAAAAGAAAACCUCUUCAGUGUCUCUUACGAUAGGCUCUCCUUCCUCAAAGAGCUCAGAGGUGCAGCAGCUCCGUUCAGCUCUCAUCCAGCCACUCUCGGUUCCAGCGCAACGGGUUCAGAGUCCCGUUUCCUCCUUGUAUGGACAAGAUGGAUUUACUGCCACACCGCCAGUCUACACAAAGACUCUGCAGGACGUCACUGCUUUGGAAGGCCAGGUGGUGGUGCUAGAGUGCAGAGUCAAAGGAACCCCACCCCUGAGAGUGCAGUGGCUCAGGCAAGGAAGGGAGAUCGAGGACUCACCAGACUUUAGGAUUCUGCAGAAAAAGCCCCGAUCUGCAGCCGAGCCUGAAGAGAUUUGUACGCUGGUGAUUGCAGAAGCCUUUCCUGAGGAUGGAGGAACUUUCAGUUGCAUGACCAGCAAUCAGUAUGGAUCAGUGACCAGCACCGCUCAGCUGACUGUCUGCCCAAUUCAUGAAGAGACCACUAGCAAUGGUGUUUCUGCUGAAGCUGGCGUUUCCGAGGACCAGUCGUUUCUCCCUCCGCCACCUGCCACUGAAAUCAGUUUCCUGGAUCUACCCCCCAAGAAGCCUGGCAACGAGAAUGUCCAUGUGAACGAGCUGGAGAUCUGGCCGAGUGUGACCGCUCUUCAGCUGCAACUGAGUCCCAGCCAGGUGAACGGAGCUGUCAAUGGCCAGACCAGCAAUGGGCAGCCUGCACCUCUCCCACCACCACCAGUCCUCCUCUCCCCAGUCAAGGAGCCCCCUCCACUGCCUACUAAGCCAAAGCUUGACCCGGAGAAGCUGAAGCAACUGCAGAACCAGAUUCUGUUGGAACAGCAAGAGUCCGCUCUCUGGGAGCAGCAAGGCAUCCCCCCACAACAGCAACAGGCACCACCCCCCUCUCCGCCUCUCCCACCUCCACCCUCCUUCCAGGAACUCCAGAGCAGUCAGCAGGCCCCAGACGAGAUGAGCCUUCUCAACUCCCACAGCCCCUCCAGCACCAUGCAGACCAGCAGCACCUUCAACUAUGUGCGACCCAAGCAGUUCAUUGCCGCCCAGAAUGUCGUGGGCCCUUCCUCGGGGUACCGAUCCCCUUCCUCUGGCUCCUCGUGCUCGAGCCUCCCCUCCCCCCUCUCUUCCCCCACUCCUCACAAGCAGUUCAACAAAGUCAGCCUUCCCCCCUUCCAACAGCAGACCUCCAGCGAGAACGAGUCCCUGGCCUCCCCGACCUCGCCCUCCUUCCCUCCCCCUCCUCCCCCCUUCUUGAGCCCCACAACCUCCUUUGCCCCUCAGGACUUACCUUUGCCCCCACCACCCCCUCCCCUGCCUCUCUCAGGUCCCCCACCUCCUCCACCCCAGUUCACCCCCUCAGGGGGUAGGAACUCCCCACGGUCGGGACAGCAAUCCCCAGCUGGCUUCCUCAGCACCAUCCUGCCCUUGCAGGCAUCCCCAACACAACCCGUCAACGCACUGGGGCUCCCCAAAGGAAGCACCACAAUCGGAUUUCCAAGGAAGAGUGCUAGAUCCGCACGGAUAGCCUCAGAUUCAGAGAUUCAGGGCACCAAAGAUGCUGUUAUUCAGGAUCUGGAGAGAAAACUCCGCUUUAAAGAGGAGCGUAUGAGCAACGGGCAACAGAGGCUGACGUAUGAAGAAAAGAUGGCCCGUCGGCUGCUGGGUGCUGACAAUGUUGCUACUGUCUUUAAUGUCCAGGAGACAGAGGAGGAGCCCACCACACAGGAAGGUGACUCUCACAAAAUGUCAGAUUCUUUCAUUCCCCAAAAGGAGUACAAGGUGUCAAGCUUCGAGCAGCGCCUGAUCAGCGAAAUUGAGUUCCGACUGGAGCGCUCACCCGUGGAGGAGUCUGACGAUGAGGUGCAGCAUGAGGAGGGGGAGGUGCCCGGAGAGAGGGUGCCACCCUUCUUCGACCACAAAAUCAAACACUACAAGGUCUUUGAGGGCAUGCCCGUCACCUUUACCUGCAAAGUCAUUGGAGAUCCCAAGCCGAAGAUCUACUGGUUUAAAGACGGAAAGCAGAUCUCCAAGGGGAGUGAGCAUUACAGGAUUAGCAGAGAGCCAGACGGGACAUGCUCGCUACACAUCGAAGUUACUUCCCUUGACGAUGACGGGAAUUACACCAUCAUGACAUCUAAUCCUGGGGGCAGGACAAGCUGUACAGGAAGGUUGAUGGUGCAGGCUGUGAAUCAGAGAGGCCGGACUCAACGAUCUCCUCCAGGUCACAUCAGGAGACCCAGAUCCCGUUCCCGAGACAGUGGGGAUGAAAAUGAUACAAUCCAGGAGCGCCACUUCAGGCCACAUUUUCUGCAGGCACCCGGAGACUUGAUUGUUCAGGAGGGGAAGCUCUGCAGGAUGGACUGCAAGGUAAGUGGGUUGCCAACGCCUGAUCUCAUUUGGCAGCUGAAUGGCAAAACCAUCCGUCCUGACAGCUCUCACAAGAUGCUGGUGCGAGAGAAUGGAGUACACUCCCUCAUCAUCGAGCCAGUCACGGCUGGAGACGCUGGGAUCUACACCUGCAUAGCCAGCAACCGAGCCGGAGAGAACUCCUUCAGCUUGGAGCUCAUUGUGGCAGCUAAAGAGAUGCACAAAACCCCAGCCUUCAUAGAGAAGCUCCAGAACACCGGCGUGGCGGAGGGGUACCCCGUGCGAUUGGAGUGUCGUGUGUCUGGGGUGCCGUACCCCCAGAUCUUCUGGAAGAAGGAAAAUGAAUCCCUCACUCACAACACUGACAGAGUCAGCAUGCACCACGACAACUACGGCUACAUCUGCAUGAUAAUCCAGCCAGCUACCAAGGAAGAUGCUGGCUGGUACACUGUGUCUGCCAAGAAUGAAGCUGGAAUCGUAUCGAGCACUGCUAGGCUUGAUGUCUAUACUCAGUGGCAACAGCAAUCGCACACCCCUAAGCCGAAGAAGGUGCGUCCCUCAACCAGUCGAUACGCAGCACUCACUGAAAAGGGUCUGGAUGUCAAGGCAGCUUUCUUCCCAGAAGCCAGCCCAGUCCAUUUGCUGACACAGCCAGGGCUGGUGGAGAGCGACGACCUGUAGACCAGAGUGCUGUGAUGUCUACCUGGCACUGCCAUCCUACUAUGCCAGCCUGCCCUUGUGGAACCAGAAUUAAAAGAUGUCAAAGAUGUCACACUAUCAAUGAUAUAGAGAAUCUUGGCCCUUGCAAGAGCUUGCAGUUCUGUAUUCACUCUCAGCUCGUAGUUGGAUAUGCUGGCGUGAGUUUGGACUGUUAACCUAUUGCUCAGGUUUCAAUAACCUUUUACUUGCACCAGACUUGUAGUUUUUUUUUUUUUGUUUUUUAAGAUACUCUGCUACGUAGUAGCUACAGUAUAUUCUGAACAUAUAUGCAUAUUAAUGUUAAACAAUAUUUGAUAUUAUUUGAAUAUAAUACUAAAUGCCAGGCUUAGCCAUGCAUAUUUCCUGUUUAGAUAAUAAAUAAAUAAAUAAAUAAAAAUUUGCAGCCUUACUAAACACCUGUAAAAAGUGGUUAGGAUAAUUUAAUAAAAGCAGUGAAACAGGGUAAACAUAAGUGCUACACUAUUUAAGAACAUUACCUAUAGUUGUGACCCAGUUAGAAGAAUCAAAGGGUACAAAUACGCAGACCUUGUUCACUAAAAAAAGAGGUGUGGUUACCUUGUAAGCAAUUGCAAUUAGAGCCUUGGGGCAGUUGUAAGUGCUCCGGAUGUACAUGGUAGGAAUGUUUUUCUCUCGCAAAAGCAGUAUCUAGAUAUGCAUGUUAAAUGGGUGCCAAUCUUUUCUAUAUUAAUAGAGGGCUUCUUCAGUAUUCACAAUAUAGACAUAUAAAGUCUAAAUUGUAUAUACAGGGUUUUGGUGAAAGGUUGAUCUAACAGCAAAAACUGCAGUAAAUUCACCCCAACCAAGUAAAUGACUUUGAAACUACAUUAUCUCCUGAGUGCCUCUAUACCACAAGGAUCAAUAAUGAAAUAGUGUAGUUUUUUAUUCUGCAAUAUACCCCAUCCAGACCUUCAGCCUUGGCAGAGUCCAUGCAAACUACCUAAUAAACAAAAUAUUUGUCUUUUUUUUUUAUUUACUUCCGUAAACGUUUUUUUAAACAGCCAGCACAACAAAAGCUCUAGCUUUGGCAUAAGGCUGUGCCUUCAUUCUUUCAGCUGAAACCAUUAGCAAAACUGUUAUUACAUGCAAUUAGAAGGGGAAUGCUUGUCAAAUGUUAUUGACUUGAGGGCAAGUCUAGUGCCAUUGUUGAGAAUUUAUGAGAGUAACAAAAGCAAGUUGUUAAAGAAAUGUGUCUGUAAGGUGUGACUUGGAGGUCAGUCGGAAGUACAGACCAAUAAAUACAGCAGAUCAAAGAAAGGUGGAUAAUAUAGUGGUGAAUAGGACAGAUGUAAAAUAAAUGAAUGCAAAAGGGAAGACAUAAAUGCUUUAGUUUGUUUGCUUUGCCUUUGUUGUUUCUUUUGCUUUAUUCUUCACAGGACUAAAGUAAGAAUGUGGCCUUUUUCAGUUUCAGCACUGCAGUCGAGCCAAGCUACCCACAUUUAGCAGUAUGAUAUAUAUAUAUAUAUAUAUAUAUAUAUAUAUAUAUAUAUAUAUAUAUAUAUAAGUAAAACUGCUUACUAUUAACAUACAAUAUGUAUUUCAAUCAAGUACCUAAUAUUAAUUAUACAUGUAGUGUCUAGUGGCUCACAUAAGCAUUUUUUAUUAUUUAUAACGUGUGUGUGUGUGUGUGUGUACAAGAUCUUAGUAUUGUUAGGCACUUCACCUUCCAUUUUAAAAAGACACAAUAAAACUGUCCUUUUAGGAUCAUUAGGUAAUACAAUUUAACAGAUCCUGGCUUUUAUUACAUAGUCAUUCAUUGCAUACAGUAAUUAUCCAAACUUUCACUAAAAAAGUAUUUACUUGUGGUUUAAAGUAUAUAUUUUAAAUAAACAUUCUUUAUCAUUUAACAAAAUGUGACUUUCUUUAAGCAGUUUGUUUUACUCCACUUGUGAUUAUCUGUUCAAUUUCAAAAUACUGUAUUAAUGCAUAUUACAUUUCUUAUUGUGUUGUCACCUUUUUAUUUCUAAGCCAUCAGAUGCUUUUAUGGCUUGUGCUCCAAACAUCACUUUGUGUUGAAAAUGAAAGUCCAGGAAUAAAAGCUGUUUUUGUUGUA